GCAUCAUUCUCAGAUAAAGAAAGCCAGAUGCCUUGAGAGAAAAUCAUAGGUGGAAGGCAUUAAAGGUGUCCUACACAUGCACACUGCAAAAUGGCAAACUCCCUCUCAUUAUGUGUCAAUCCCAACCACCCACUUUCCCUCUAUAAAUCCCCUCCGUUUUCCCACUCAAAAUUCACAUCAAUUUUCUGAAUAAACAUGGCUACAACCUUCCUCUCUGCUCUCAGCCUUGUUCUGCUCCUCGGCUCCGCCGCCGCCUCCGCCUAUAAAGGAAGCUGGCAGCAUGGCGAGUGCGAUAUCUCUAGGAUCAACGCCAUGGAGCCGUCCUUCCGCCUCCAAUCCGAAGGCGGAGUGUCCGAAUUCUGGGAUCACAACGCCGAGGAGUUCCAGUGCGCCGGCGUGUCGUUGCACCGCCACACCAUCCGCACCAGAGGCAUGCUGCUGCCUGUAUAUCACAAUGCUCCCAUGCUUGUCUAUGUUCUUCAAGGCAAGGGGAUUUACGGGAUCACGAUUUCUGGGUGCCCCGAAACCUUCGAGUCGCCCCAGCAAUCGCGGGAGGGGAUGAGAAGCCAAAAAUUCGGUGAUCGUCAUCAGCAAAUCGGCUUCUUGAAAGAGGGCGAUGUGAUCGCCAUCAGAGCCGGAGAUGCUCACUGGGCUUACAACAACGGCGAUCAAGACCUCGUCGUCGUCGUUUUGCAAGACAACGCCAACAACGCCAACCAGCUCGACCAAAACCCCAGGUCCUUCUUCCUCGCCGGAAACCCCAACUGGGGGCAGGAGCAACAAAAGGAGCAGCUCCGCUUCCACGGCGAGAGACGCCACGCGCAGCACGAGUUCGGCAACGUCUUCAAGGGAAUGAGCCUCGACAUUUUGACGGAGGCGUUCGACAUCGAUGAGGAGACGGCCAGGAAGCUGCAGUGCGACAACGACGAGAGAGGAAUGAUUGUCAUUGUAGACAAAGAGCUGCAGGUGAUCAAGCCCCCUCUCAGAGAGAGAGAAAGGGAAUACAUGACUAACGGAAUUGAUGAGACCAUUUGCACCACCCAGAACAAGGACAACGUCGACAAUCCCUCACGCGCCGCCGUCUACAACCCGCAGGCCGGCCGCUUCUCUACCGUCAACGCCUUCACCCUUCCCCUCCUCCGCUUCAUUCAGCUCAGCUUCGCCAAGGCCAAUCUUCACAGGAAUGCCAUAAUGGCGCCACAUUGGUUCAUGAAUGCCCACAGCAUAUUGUACAUCACCCGCGGUGAGAAAUAUAUUCAAGUGGUGAACCAGAAGGGGCAGGCGGUGUUCGAGGGGCAGGUGAGAGAGGGGCAGGUGUUGGUGGUGCCGCAGAACUUCGCGGUGGUGAAGCAAGCAGGCGAGCAGGGGUGCGAGUGGGUGCAGUUCCACACCCACGCCAACGCCAUGUUCAACACACUCAGCGGCCGCACCUCCGCCCUCAGGGGGCUGCCCGUUGAUGUGGUGGCCAACGCAUACCAGAUCUCGAGAGAGGAGGCCGAGAGGCUCAAGAAUUCGAGGCGGGAGACGCUGCUUUUCAGCGGCACUAGGCAGUCAAGAAGAAGAGUUGCUUCUGCUUGAAGAUCGACACGAAAUUCAUGUUGAGAUUUAGGGGAGUCGAUAAUAAUGAGAGUAGUGUGUGUGGGGCUUUUCACAUGUUUUUGGAACAUGAAAACAUCAAUAAGACCACAAACUCAGUCUUCUAAACUUGAUGCCAAAUGCGUUUUAGGUUUAUCAAUAAGUCCAAAUUCUCGAUAGAUAGAAAUCGAAUGGGCCUAAACAAAACUAAUUUCCAAUACCAUGUCC